AUGGCCACCGAAUCGCCUUCAGCCGCCGACGAGCUGCAAGUUACCCUCACACAUCAUGGCAAACCGACCACUUUGACUUUUGCACAAGAUGCCACAAUAUCCGAGCUCUCAGAGAAAAUCUCAUCAGAGUUAUCCAUACCACCGUCAAAUCAAAAGCUGCUCAUUGGUGGCAAGCUUGGCCUGCAAAAGCCACCGUUCAAGAACCCCGCGAUACCUCUCAGCGAUUUCAACACAAAGAAGAUCACCCUCAUGGGCAGCACGACUGCCGAAGUCUCCUCGCUCAACGCCAGCAUAUCCGCUGCCUCGGCUCCGCGCCGCCCCGGGCCCAUCAAAGCCGCCACACCCGCGCGCAACCGCGACUACAAGCGCAUCCAGGACGACGCAACGUACACGUUCCACACGCUCCGGCCACUCCCCUACCUGCCGAACCCAUCGAGAUCGCUAGCGUUUCUCGAGCGCCUCCGCGACGACGCCGGCAUCAAGGCCGCGAUGCGCACGCACAAGUUCAGCGUGCCGUUGCUGACGGAAAUGGACCCAGCCAUGCACACGACGCAGGAGUCGCGCACGCUCGGGCUGAACCGCAAUCAGGGCGAGGUUAUCGAGCUGCGCCUGCGAACAGACGCGUACGAUGGGUACAGGGACUACAACACGAUUCGCAAUACGCUGUGUCACGAGCUGGCGCAUAAUGUGUGGGGCCCGCAUGAUCGCAAUUUCUGGGAGCUGUGCAAGCAGAUUGAGAGGGAGGUGCAGCGGGAUGAUUGGAAGAGUGGUGGGAAGAGCGUGGGUAACCAGGAGUUCUAUGAACCGAGUGAAGAGGAGAUGAAUAUGUGCGACCAUGGCGGCUGGACUGGUGGCGAGUUCGUGCUGGGGAGUGCAGGGGAUGGAGGCACGUUGGUGAGUAGCGCUGGUGGGAGCGUGGCUACAGGGAGUCUGAACAGGAGAGAGAUACUGGCAAAGGCUGCAGAAGAGAGGGCGAAGAAGACGAAGCAGGCUGACGAGGAGAGUAGAGGCGCUGGGCCUGCAUCAUAG